GCCCUUGCUCUCUCCCUGCCCUAGGCCCUCUCUGCCUUUAUAUUCUCGUAGGGCGACCACUUCCGUCCCACGAACGUGCUGCUGCCAUCCACCCACACCGAGUCCACUGGCAGCUUUUCCCUUUAUUCCUCUCUGACGCCCUUCGCCCUUCACUCCGAGCGCCGUAUUCAAGUCGCAUUCUGUCUCUCAUCUCUCACUCCCGAAUUCCCUCAUGAUGGAAGGCGACGCAUCUAGCUCAGGAGGCUGGAGGUUUGCCCAAUGCUUCGGCGACAAGGGCGAAGUUGAGGAUAUCACUGAAGCCGAUAUUAUCUCCACCGUCGAGUUUGACUCAACCGGGAAUUAUCUCGCAACUGGCGACAAGGGUGGCCGAGUCGUUCUCUUUGAGCGCAACGAGGCAAAAAAGGGCUGUGAAUACAAAUUUUACACCGAAUUCCAAUCGCACGAGCCAGAGUUCGACUAUCUAAAAUCACUCGAAAUCGAAGAAAAGAUAAACAAGAUCAAGUGGUGCAAGCGGCAAAACUCUGCACAUUUCUUAUUAUCGACGAACGAUAAGACAAUAAAGCUUUGGAAGGUGUUUGAGCGAUCGCUGAAAGUUGUCGCUGAAUCAAACCACCAUGAUGGGCAACGACAAGUUGCGCCACCUCUAAAUCCCGCAGCCCUCAAACUCCCUCGUAUGGCUGCACAAGACAACAUCGUAACAGCCGUACCUCGCAAAGUGUACUCAAAUGCGCACGCAUACCAUAUCAACUCAAUAUCCAUAAAUUCGGAUGGAGAGACAUACAUCUCUGCUGACGACUUGCGAGUCAAUUUAUGGAACUUGAACAUCAGCGAUCAAAGCUUCAACAUCGUGGAUAUCAAGCCAGUAAACAUGGAGGAGUUGACAGAAGUCAUUACUGCGGCGGAAUUUCAUCCGGUUCAAUGCAAUUUGUUCAUGUACUCUAGCUCAAAGGGAACCAUAAAACUGGCGGAUAUGCGAGAGUCGGCACUCUGUGAUCGACAUGUCAAGUUGUUUGAAGAGGAAGAAGAUCCGUCAACACGAUCUUUCUUUUCAGAAAUCAUUUCUUCUAUCUCAGACGUCAAGUUUAGUCACGAUGGGCGGUACAUCCUUUCCCGCGACUAUCUUUCAUUGAAAAUCUGGGACGUCAACAUGGAGUCACGACCUUUGAAGACGAUCCAAAUUCAUGACCAUCUGCGAGGGAAGCUCUGCGAUCUAUACGAAAACGACUGCAUAUUUGACAAGUUUGAAUGCAUGUUCAGCGGGGAUGGCUCCAGCGUGAUGACGGGUUCUUACCAUAAUUACUUCCGGAUAUUUGAUGUGGAGACGACGAACGACAUUGUCUUACAGGCGGACAAAUCGGCCUUCAAAGCGAAAAAGAUGGGAGUCCAGGGGUUAGGUAAGGGAGGGCCCCAGAAGAAUGGGGUACGCCCCGGAUUAAAGGAGCAGAUGAAUCUGGAGACGCUUGACUUCAACAAAAAGAUACUGCAUGGAAGCUGGCAUCCUAGAGAAAACACGAUCGCCAUUGCUGCGACGAACAAUCUUUUCCUUUAUAGCGCGGCAUAGUACCUGUUAACCCUUUGGUUACCUUUGGUUUUCGUUUCUUGUUCAUAUUUGUUAGACACGACAAGUGCAUUUGAACCGAGUAGACUUGCAGUUAGUUCGUGUUCGUCCUCUCCUUAUACCACCCACAGCAGCUGUAUUCUAUAACAUUUCCCACGUUUUAACUCACGGCGAUUCAGAACAUGGAGAAGUCAAAUCAACCUGGACAUUUAGUAGUAAAGACGCUAAUGUGCAGAGUGUUGUAUUUAUGCGAACCCAAUGAAAAGUAAAAGUGC